AUGAUGAUUUCAACGUUUGUUUCCGUGUCUGAUUACAUGGUAGAGAACAAACCUUAUCAAAUUUGUACAAUCUCACAAGGCUAUUCAGCUGUGAUAUUACUUAAUCGAACUGAUAAAGUUAUCAUUCCAACGUCAGUAACAGUAGUCACUGUUCGACUUCCUCUUCCUCUGACAGUCAAUCCAGCUGUUCCAUUUCCAUUUCUAGCCACUUCUGGUACUCCAUUUUCAAUACCGACAAUGCCUCUUAAUGCAGCUAAUGUUCAACAAGCAGCUGCUGCUAUUCUGUCUCAAACUGCUCUCCUAUCAGGUGUCGACAUGUUUCCUGAGUCACUACGCGCACCCAGUCUUGGUGACAAUCAUGCUCAAUUACCACCAGCGCAAAGCAUGUCAAUCCAAAAUAUAGUCAAUAUGAUUUUCUUUUUCCUUGUUGUUAAUUUGAUUGUUCUGAUAUGA